AUGGCAUACUCUGCUAGAUUAAAUGAGCUAGCAAUGGUUUUUGGCAAAGAUAAAGAUACUCUUAGUAUCAUUUUUAAUAGCAUGUUAGAUAAGCUCAUGCAGAAAUUUGGAUCUGGUCUUUACUUUGAUCAAAAUCAAUUUUGCAAGGAAAACCUCCAAAUCUUCAGUGAAGCAAUUCACACCCAUAACGGAACCUUUCAUAAGACAACAAGGCCAGGAGAUUUUCAACAGAUAGUAUUUAUGCAUAUGUUUGUUUAUAGACACCAUGGAUUAAGAUAUCAAGCUGUGGUGACACCAGAUGGGAUUACGUCUUCAUUUUAUGGCCCAAUUGUUGGUAGACAUCACGAUUUGUUUGUUUACAAAAAGAGUAGACUGGAAGAUAGAAUGCAAGAAAUGUUUGACUUCAGAGGCCAGAGUGGCUCUUGCUAUUGUCUGUAUGGAGACAGAGCAUACACAAACUCCCAGCAUAUCAAGUGCCCAUUUAGUUGGUUUACACAAGACACCUACCAGAGAUUUGUAAAUGAUAGAAUGUCAAAAGUGCAUGUCGUAGUAGAAAAUGAGUUUGCUCAUGUUGCGAAUCUUUUUGCAUUUGUCAAAUAUCCACAAUCCCAGCAAAUGUUUCUUAGCCCUGUUGGAACCUACUAUAUUGUAGUUGCUUCUCCUAUACUGGAGGAGUAUGUUAUUGGUCUAUUGAGAAACUAA